AUGGCUUCUAAUGCUUCUAUGAGUGGUACUAUGAGAGGUACUCCCACUCGUGGGCAGACCCGCGGAACAGUACCCGCGUUCACCAACAGUCCUGCCUCCAACAUCCCUCGUCCAGCUUUGGAAUCCCAUACCAGCAGUGCUGCUACACCCCCGAGUGAAGCCGGAGGAUCUACGAUGAGCGCCAGCAGACAGAAGCAAACCAAAAGAGAUGAGGCCAUCCGAAAGAAAAUAGAGACGGACCUGAGCAAGAAGAAGCACGCCACUGGUCGAGCGCGACAGACAAGAAAGGCUCCCCCAGGAACGGUUCUCGCCCUAAGGCCUAGCCAGGCUCUCCAAAUCAAGCCCAAUACAACGGUUGCGGAGGCUGCACAACUGAUGGCAGCAAAGAGGGAGGACUGCGUACUAGUUACCGAUGACGAUGACCGUAUUGCUGGUAUAUUUACUGCUAAAGAUCUUGCUUUUCGAGUAGUUGGAGCAGGAAUCAAGGCCAGCAGUGUCAUGAUCUCAGAAAUCAUGACCAAGAAUCCUUUGUGCGCCAGGACAGAUACAAGUGCAACCGAUGCAUUAGACUUGAUGGUCAGGAAGGGGUUUCGGCAUUUGCCAGUCAUGGACGAGAACCAAGAUAUCUCGGGUAUUCUUGAUAUCACCAAAUGCUUUUACGAUGCUAUGGAAAAGCUGGAAAGGGCUUAUAGUUCUUCAAGGAAGCUCUACGACGCUUUAGAGGGUGUUCAAUCAGAACUGGGAUCGAGUCAGCCGCAGCAGAUCAUCCAGUACGUCGAGGCUCUACGAUCCAAGAUGUCUGGGCCUACUUUGGAAUCUGUUCUGGACGGAAAACCACCAGUCACUGUCACUGUACGGACCUCCGUGAAGGAGGCCGCUGCUAUGAUGAAAGAGCACCACACAACUGCUCUUCUUGUCCAGGAUCAAGGAUCCAUUACGGGUAUCUUUACCAGUAAAGAUGUUGUCUUGCGUGUCAUUGCUCCCGGAUUAGAUCCCGCAAAUUGCAGUGUUGUUCGUGUUAUGACCCCACACCCAGACUUUGCCCCUAUGGAUAUGAGCAUUCAGUCAGCACUGCGAAAGAUGCAUGAUGGUCAUUACUUGAACCUUCCUGUGAUGAACGAGGGGGGGGAGAUUGUGGGAAUGGUGGAUGUUCUCAAACUAACGUAUGCCACUUUGGAGCAAAUUAACACCAUGUCAACAGGUGACAGUGAAGGCCCCGCGUGGAACAAGUUUUGGCUGUCCCUGGACAACGAAACGGAGUCAAUGAUAUCUGGGGAAGGUAGUCACCACCAUACGACUCACAGGUCGAUGAUGUCGCCCGACAUGUCCCGAGGUCAUGAACGGAUACUCGAUGCAAGUGUUGCUCCAGGUGACUCUGCAUCACAUGUAGGAGGUGAUUCUCCGCAGCACUCGGUAGUGAGCCGACCAGCGGACAUCCCGUCAGAGGAAAUUCCGUUCCCAUUCAAAUUUAAGGCUCCCAGUGGCCGAGUGCAUAGACUGCAGGUCAUUGCGAAGCACGGUAUGGCGGAGCUGAUCACUGCUGUCAUCGCGAAGCUCGGAUCUGAGAUUGAUGCUGUUGGAGGCGCUGCAACCUUUGAAGACGGCAAGCUGGGUAGCUCUGGCUUUGCUCUCAGCUAUUUGGACGAUGAGGGUGAUACCGUGUCUAUCACCACGGACCAAGAUCUCUUAGAAGCUAUUGUAAUCGCAAGACAGGGGCACCGAGAGAAGGUCGACCUGUUCGUCCACGAUCCUGAAAAGCCACCGAUCUCCGCUACUCUCGACCCCCAGCCCGUCAUCUCCCAAGCACCAACGCCACCAACUGUAUCUACCAUCCGGGAGAGAAGAAGAGUUAUAUCUGAUGAGGAUGAUGAGAGCGAAGAGGAAGCGCCCAUUAGGUCGAAAUCAAGAAAGACUGCCCCCAAACCGUCACCGGAAGAGCAAGUGAUUGCUGGUGUUCCGAACGAGUUGUUAUUGCCCGGCGCGAUUGUGACCCUUGCUGUUGUCAUUGUUGGCGUUUUUGCUUUGACUCGUGCUACGAGCCGAUAA